AUGUCACCAACUUGUAUGAUCAGACCGAAACAGUCAAUAUAUCAACAGAAAUCAAGAUCAAAAUCUUUCAAACAUAAACCAAAACACAAAAUAGAAGGAUUCAUGACAACAUCAGAAACAAAACGAGACAAUGAUGAAUAUAUUUAUAUUGAAUUAGAUACAAAAUGCAGCUGUUUACAAUUAAAUCCUGAUGUAUCAAUUCAAUUUUCUCGUCGCUAUCUUCAAUGUCAAAGUUCAAUGCCUAUUUCUAUUCUUCGAUCAUUUAUUCAACAAAUUCUACCACAUUCUUCUAUGACACAAGUUUCAUUUUAUGAUUCAAAUAAUCAUUUAUUAAAAGAUUCAGAUUUAGUUAGUUCAUUAAAAACAACAACAUCAUUACAUAUUCCUAUACGUUUUACAUUAUUUAAUAAAAUAACAUCAUUUGGUCAUUGUUUAUGUUCAUCAUCAUCAUCAUCAUCAAUAGAAAAUAAAAAAAAUGAAUCAUUUUCAUUUAAUUCAAAUAUAAUUAAAUAUGAAACAAUUGAUAAAAUUCUUUCAACAUGUUCAAUGAUUUCAACAAGAUCUACUAUUUCACCUUGUUUAUCAUCAUCUUCGAAUGACUUAUCAAAUUCUAUAUCAUCAAUAGUUAAUCUUUUAACUCCACCAUCAUCUAAUUCAUCAUUUUUAAUUGAAAAUAUUGUUGAUACAAAUAAUAUAAAUAAUCAAACAAUAAUUGAUGAAAUAACAUCAAAAUUUGGUGAAAUUUGUCCUCCAUUACGAAAAAAAGGACGAAAUCGUUUAUCAAAAAAAUUAAUUUUAUCUUCUUAUUCAUCAAAUCUUCCACUUGAUUUAAGUCUUAAAAAACGUCCAGCAUCAUUUGACUUCUUUUCUUCACAAACAAAAUGGAUUAAAACUUAA